CCGCUUUUUGUCGCACUCAGUGGACCACAAGGAUCAGGCAAAACCACACUUGUAAAAGAACUGGUAAAAGAGUUGGACCAGCGAGUGGGAUUAAAAGCAGUUGCCUUGAGUGCAGACGAUCUAUACCUGACACAUGCAGAGCAAGUCAUACUAGCCAACACACACAAAAGCAAUACAUUAUUACAAUACCGAGGAUUACCAGGAACACAUGGCAUCUCAUUAGGAGUUCAAGUUCUUUCUCAUCUUGCAAGACAAAACGAACACAUCAACAAUAGUGUCAGUAUCCCAUGUUAUGACAAAUCUCUAUACCAAGGCAGAGGAGAUCGAAUGGAUGAAUUGCACUGGAAAACAGUGACAGGACCGGUAGAUAUAGUCUUGUUUGAAGGUUGGUUCUUGGGAUUUCGAUUCAAUUGGAAUGCAUCAACUCAACCCAACUGGAAUGACAUUCUCUCAUCUCGAUCCGAGUCUCAAUCUGGAUCUCAACCUGGAUUCACUUCAAUCUGCACUCAAGACAAUCUUAUUCAAGUCCUCAACUCGCUUGUGGAAUACAAUCAACAAUGGUAUCCAUUCAUCCAUGCUUUUAUCCAUAUAAUUACCCCACAACUUGAUUGGAUUUACGAUUGGCGAUGGGAACAGGAACAGACCAUGAAACACACUGCAAAUACUUGCAACCUCAAUACUAUGGACACUGUUGGAUUAAGUCGAGUUCAAAUCAAUGACUUUGUAGAUCGGUUUAUUCCCGUGUAUCGAAUGUGUUUGCCUCGACUAAUCUCAAAU